UCACCGUUGAUCGUAGGAAACACCAUUGGUUUACUCCUGCUACGUCAUAUCCGCUUUCCAAAUGUCUGAAAGGAGUAAUCAUGACCUCCGUGGAUUACGAGUACAAAUAACUACGUAAACUAGCGCAUUCACAUAAUUUCACACUAAGGUUAUCAUUGUUAGAAGAAGACCAUUAUGUCGUCUUUGUUUUCAUGCUGCUUUGACUGCUGUGGGGACAGCAACAGCGGCCGCGUAACACUAAAGGAAAUGCCCACGGUUCAACUGGACACUCAUAGCAUGGGUACUGAUGUUGUGAUUGUAAAGAGUGGUAGACGCAUAUGUGGAACUGGUGGUUGCAUCGCGAAUGCUCCUCUCCACCAAAACAAAAGCUACUUUGAGUUUAAGAUUCAGUCCACUGGUGUCUGGGGUGUUGGAGUGGCGACACAGAAAGCAAAUCUUAACCAGAUUCCCUUGGGGAGAGACAUGCAUAGCCUUGUGCUUAGGCAGGAUGGCACUGUGUACCACAACAAUGAAGAAAAGAACCGAUUACCUGCUAACAGCUUACCACAGGAAGGAGACAUUGUGGGUGUUACGUAUGACCAUGUGGAACUGAAUUUGUACUUAAAUGGGAAGAAUAUGAACUGUCCAGCAUCAGGCAUAAGAGGAACUGUUUAUCCUGUAGUUUAUGUGGAUGAUAGUGCAAUUUUGGAUUGUCAGUUCAGUGAUUUCUACCAUCCUCCUCCACAAGGCUUCCAAAAGAUUCUUUUUGAGCAACAGAUCUUCUAAAGUUCAUGACAUGCUGUUGAUACACCAAAUAUGUGUACUCCAUGGUCGGGAUUUGAAGUGCUAUGCUUUCACUGACAUCUAACUAUUGUGUGGCUCAGACAACCUGGCAUGUUUAAAGUCAUUUUAUCUUCAGUAAAACUGACGCAGACCACCACUGUUCGGUUAAAUAAAACAUCGUCUCUGAUUUUCCAGGUGAACUCCAAGUGUACAAUAUCUUAUCAGAAUAUACUUGAGUUGUUUGGAUUUAAUCUUACACUGUACAUUUACUGACGUAUUAACGGUGUUACUGUUGUGAACAGAUGUGGAUUUAAACAAGUUAUAAUGGCGUAACGAAAACCAGCUGACAACCAGGACGAUGUUUUAUGCAUUUCAACUUAACAAGUGAUGCUGAUACUGACUCAAAAUAGUCUAAACUGUCAAAGCUUUUCAUUUUAAUUAUUUGUAUGAUGAUGUUGAUACACUUAAUGUGACAAAGUACUCAAAGUACCACACUACCUGCCCACACAUAUUUAUCAUAAAGUGUUUGUUUUACAUAAAAAACAUGUGAGUUUUUUUUUAUCUAGUCACUUUUUUGUGUUUUACCAAAGUAACAGCAUGCAGAGCAUUUAUUUAAUGAAAAUUUGAGACCUACAACAGAAAUUUUAAUGGAAAUUAUAUAUAACGGUUAUUUACUUAAUAUGUAAUAUUUAAAGGGAAUUUGUCAAAUAACAUCUGAGCUUAAUUUAUAAAUUGUACACUUGUUUUUCAAUAUGUAAAUCAAUGCUAUAAAGUAAAUGGUUACAAUAAUAUUCAUUGUUAUUUUUGUAUGGUCAAAUUUGGCAUUCUAUGUCCCUUUAGUCAAUAAAUAUUUUGCUUUUGUU